UCGUAGUUCCAAAUGUCAGUAAAGUAGUUCAAUCGAAGUUGUAAACAGAAACACAGUUUUAAUUUUUGAAACGUUUUAAGUGCAAAAAUGAGUCGAAAAAGAAUAACAGUGAAAGCCAAACACCCCAAUCCACUUUUCGAACGCUGGUUAAUCGAGUGGAGAGACAAAGCCAAAGAAAACGACUCGAAAAUGCAACACUGCUUUUCCAUGGCUUUGAAGUCCUUAAAAAAUUACCCUUUACCACUGGAGACCGGAAAAGACUGCAAAAUAUUGAAAGGUUUCGGUGAGAAGUUGUGUAAAAUGUUGGACGACAAACUGAAGCAAUUUAAAGCCAACGAAAACACCGAUAUAGUGACCAAAGUAACAACUCCUAAAAAAACUAAACCAAAGGAAUAUAUUCCACAACCGGGUUCAGGGGCUUUUGCCAUCUUGUUAACACUGUAUGAGAAAAGUCUUGAACCUAAUUAUCCUGGACAUUUAACGAAAGCUGAUGUUAUAAAAUUUGGCCAACAUUUGUGCAAUGUUUCAUUUACUAAAGCUGGACCAGAUACGAGAUACACAGCUUGGUCGUCAAUGAAGACUUUAUUAGAGAAGAAUUUAGUUGUGAAACGAGGAAACCCAGCCAAGUUUAGUCUAACAGAAGAAGGCACAGUUUUGGCUGAUAAAUUAUUUGUUCAAAAGAAAAUUGAAGAGUUUCAAAAUCAGGAUAAUUCGUUACCUGGACCUUCAUGUUCAAGUUUAAGCAAAACAAAUGACAAUAAGGAACAACAUGUUUCGCCAACACCCUGUAGUGCAAGCAAUGAGGCUGUGAUUUUAGCUCCAAAUUCUUUCGACAUUAUUUUAUUGGUUGAUAAUCAAGAACUCAACGGGAGUAACGGUGAUGUGGAAACUGAUCCUAUUAUAAUGGAACUAAAAAAACUAAAUGUUAGAUUUGAGACCAGAAAUUUAAAAGUGGGAGAUUAUGCAUGGAUUUGUCGCGAUUUUAUAUCCAACCAUGAAUUGAUUCUACCGUACAUUGUUGAAAGAAAAAGAAUGGAUGAUCUAGGUUGUAGUAUCAAAGAUUCUAGGUUUCAUGAACAGAAAUUCAGAUUGAAACAAUGUGGCAUCCCCAACUUAAUUUAUUUAGUUGAAAGUUACGGAAAAAACGAACAUGUUGGCCUCCCGUUAACCACUUUAUACCAAGCAGCUACAAAUACUUUAGUACAAGAUAAUUUUAUUGUGAGAUUUACAAAUGAUACAAAAGCAUCAUGUGGUUAUUUAGCGUCUUUAACAAAAUUUCUUGAAAAGUUAUUUAAGCCAAAAACUUUGGUAGGUUGUCAGAAGGAUGACUUACAGGAAUUUACACUUGACGAUGAUUUGAUACAGUUGAUGCGUUUUGCUGAUUUCAACAUAAGUUCUUCCAAAACAAGGCACUUUAAAAUCAAAGAAAUGUUCGUAAAACAACUGCUAAAAAUCAAGGGAGUAUCCGUGGAGAAAGCACUUGCAGUUGUUGAAAAAUAUCAAACACCAAAAAAUUUAAAAUUAGCAUAUAGUGAGAUUAGUGAAGUUGAAGGAGAGAAGCUUUUGUCAACGCUACAAUUUGGUGCAAAUAAGAAAUUUGGGCCUGUUUUGAGUAAAACUGUGUAUAAGUUUUUCUGCAAUAACUACUAAAUAUAAAAAUAAAUUAA